AAUGUAUUUAUCAGUGCUUUGCAUAUAAGGUGUGGCUUUUUCUUUCUUGUUUGCUUCCUUCAUUCAAUGGUUGUUUGUUCUACUCACUGAUAGCACCCUAACUAAGAUACCACCCAUUCUUUUCUCUUUUUUCAAGUCUCUAUUGGUGUCAAUAAAAUAAUUUAAAUUGACAUUUCGUGUGAAUCUUCCUGUUACUAUUUGCACACUGGAGAAGGUGUUUUCUAAAGCCAUUGGACUCAUUCAUCAUCAUCAAAGAGGGAAAAUAAAAAAGAGAGAAAGAAAUAUGGUUCUUUGAGCUAAAGUGUGAGAAUGGAUCUUGAAGGUGGAACUCGUCGGAACUCAAAGAUAGAGUCAUGGAAGACGGUUCUGACUUUAGCAUAUCAGAGCCUCGGUGUUGUUUAUGGUGAUUUGAGCAAUUCACCCUUAUACGUAUUUCGAAGCACUUUCUCUGAUGAAGUUGGUGAUGCUGUGCCCGUGGAUAAGAUCUAUGGUGUGUUAUCUCUGGUGUUCUGGACCUUCACUUUGGUUCCUCUGGUGAAAUAUGUGUUCAUAGUGCUUAAGGCUGAUGAUAAUGGAGAAGGUGGAACGUUUGCGCUUUACUCAUUGCUGUGCCGCCAUGCCAGGGUGAGUUCACUGCCAAAUGUGCAGGUUGCAGAUGAGGAACUCACAGAGUAUAAGAAAGAUUGUUAUGGUGUGGCACCAGAGAGGAGCUUUGCAUCAAGGCUCAAGUCAACUUUGGAGAAGCAUAAGGUGCUUCAGAGGAUUCUUCUUGUUCUUGCUUUGAUUGGAACUUGCAUGGUGAUUGGUGAUGGGGUCCUCACACCUGCUCUUUCUGUUUUCUCAGCUGUGUCAGGAUUUGAGCUUUCAAUGUCCCGAGAGCAUCAUAGGUAUGUAGAAGUUCCGGCUGCAUGCAUCAUAUUGAUAGGCUUGUUUGCCCUUCAACACUACGGCACACACAGGGUUGGCUUCUUAUUUGCUCCUAUCGUCAUCACGUGGCUUUUCUGCAUCAGUGCCAUUGGUGUAUAUAACAUAUUUCACUGGAACCCUCAUGUAUACAAAGCACUCUCUCCAUAUUAUGCAUUCCAAUUUUUGAGGAACUCUCAGAAAGGAGGUUGGAUGGCCCUUGGUGGAAUUUUGCUAUGCAUAACAGGAUCAGAAGCGAUGUUUGCUGAUCUUGGACACUUCUCACAAUUAUCAAUCAAGAUUGCUUUCACUUCCGUGGUUUAUCCAUCCUUGGUCCUUGCAUAUAUGGGACAAGCUGCUUAUUUAUCCAGGAAUCAUGUAGUUCGGCAAGAGUAUCACUUCGGAUUUUAUGUAUCUGUACCAGAGAAAUUAAGGUGGCCGGUUCUAGUGAUAGCCAUACUCGCGGCUGUUGUUGGAAGCCAAGCCAUCAUCACGGGGACUUUCUCAAUUAUCAAACAAUGCUCCGCAUUAAGUUGCUUUCCGCGAGUCAAAGUGGUUCACACAUCAUCUAAAAUUCAUGGCCAGAUAUAUAUCCCCGAGAUCAAUUGGCUACUGAUGCUCUUGUGUUUGGCCGUGACUAUUGGUUUCCGAGACACAAGGCGUUUGGGUAAUGCGUCAGGUUUGGCAGUUAUUACAGUGAUGCUCGUUACCACAUGUUUGAUGUCUCUGGUUAUAGUUCUGUGCUGGCACCAGAAUGUUCUCCUUGCACUUGGAUUUGUUUUCAUAUUUGGCACCAUCGAGGCGCUCUUCUUCUCGGCUUCUCUCGUCAAGUUUCUAGAAGGAGCAUGGGUACCUAUUGUAUUGGCAUUUGUAUUUAUGACUGUCAUGUAUGUUUGGCACUAUGGCACGCUCAAGAAGUAUGAAUUUGACGUCCAAAACAAGGUUUCGAUCAACUGGCUAGUCGGUAUAGGUCCGAGCAUAGGCAUUGUUCGAGUGCGUGGGGUUGGUCUCAUACACACUGAGCUAGUGUCCGGAAUCCCUGCAAUCUUCUCCCACUUUGUAACCAACCUGCCGGCGUUUCACCAGGUAGUUGUUUUCCUCUGCAUCAAGCAUGUGCCAGUUCCACACGUUAGACCGGAGGAACGGUUUCUAGUUGGUCGCGUAGGUCCAAGAGAUUUCCGGCUCUACCGAUGCAUAGUCCGGUAUGGGUACCGUGAUGUCCACAAAGAUGACAUAGAGUUUGAGAACGAUCUCAUAUGCAGCUUAGCCGAGUUCAUAAAGACCGGAAGCACUGCAUCAAACUCCACAAACGACGAGACUGAAAGCGACGACAAAAUGGCAGUUGUUGGAACAUGCUCUGGCCAUACGAUGAUGAUGAAAGAGGACAACUCGGAUAAUGCAGUCAAUAACAAUGCAGAUGAUUUGGCCGGAACAUCGGAGCUAAAGGAGAUAAAGUCGCCUGUGAUCCAGCCGAAGAAGAAAAGGGUUAGGUUUUUCGUCCCAGAGAGCCCGAAGAUCGACACCGGAAUAAUGGAAGAGUUGGAGGAGAUAAUGGAAGCUAGGGAAGCUGGGGUAGCUUACAUUAUAGGGCAAUCACACAUGAGGGCCAAAGCAGGGUCUAGCGUGUUGAAGAAAUUUGGUAUUAAUGUUGUGUAUGAAUUCCUAAGGAGGAAUAGUAGGUCAUCCUCACUUGUACUUAGUGUGCCACAUCAAUCUUCUUUAGAAGUAGGGAUGAUGUACCAAAUUUAAUUUUUGGCAACAUAUAAGGAUAGAGUUUUAAUCAAUGUACAUAUUUUGUUAUCUAAUGUGGAUAGUCCAAAUGCCACCACCCCAUUAAAAGAGGUGGUGGACGAAAAAGUACAAAGUUUUGGUUA